AUGGUGAUAAAGUUCACCUCAAAUGUUGUGGAUCCUCCAGUAUUGCUUUACAUGGGUGUCGAUAAAUAUGAAAAUGAAGAACUGAUAAAGUACGGUUGGCCUGAAGACGUGUGGUUUCAUGUGGAUAAGGUGUCUUCAGCCCACGUCUACCUUCGACUCCCACCCGGAAUGACUAUAGAUACGAUUCCACAAGCACUUAUAGACGAUUGCUGUCAGCUUGUGAAGGCGAAUUCAAUAGAAGGAAACAAAAUGAAUGAUGUCGGGAUUGUUUACACCAUGUGGGAAAAUCUUAAGAAAACGGGUGACAUGGCAGUGGGACAGAUUGGAUUCCAUGACAAUAAAAAAGUGAAAAGAUGUGUCGUGGCGAAGCGAAUAAAUGAUAUUGUAAACCGACUGAAUAAAACCGAGAGGAAAGCGGAUAUUGACUACAGAGCUGUUGUUGUAGUUGCAAGCAAACUUGGACAUAGACCAGACAUUGACUUACUUGACUUAAUCGGCGGGCUGAUGUCAUCGCCUGACGCGAUUACCCGCAUCUUCGCCGAGGAGUGCCGUCCUGGAACACAGCUCUGCCCAACCUUCUCGAUCUUCUGCGAGAGCUUGCACAGAAUCAAUCCAUUCGUCGCUAUUCCAUGUUCUGCGAAACCUUACGUCUCGCCUGAACUGCCUAUCCACGCCGAGUGUCCUCAGGUCCUCUUUUACCACCUCAGUCCAGAACUUCCGUUUUCGGCCAGGUGGCUUCUUCCAACUCGAACCCGACGAAUUCUUCAGAACUCAUUGGACAAGGCGAUCUGCCGGUCUCCUUAA